UUGUUAUUAUCAUAUUUUGUUUAGUUUUAAAUUAAAUAAAAUUAUGUAGUUUUUAUUUUCGAUUAUAAGGCUAUAUUUAUUUAAAAGCAUAUAUUGCUAUAUUAUUGGUUGACAGCUAUUUGUGUUUUACAUUAGUGUUGUUUAUUUUUACAACUGCAAUUGUGAAUUGUUGAGUUUUUUGUCGUGUUUCAAAUCUACAAUGAGGAGCUCAAUAUUUAGGCGAAAUCGCUCUGGGAGUAAUCCAGAGCGCGAGCCCUUACUUUCUACACCCGGACCUAGUAGAGAAAUCCAAAAUGAGCCUGCGGACGGAAACGGCACUAUGGCAGAGGUCGGUGUCUCCCAGACGGAGCUAGUGGGGUCGAGAGGUGAUUCUGGACGGAAAUUGCCACAAUACAUUGCAGCUCUUUCAGCUACGCUUGGAGCACUCGCGGCCGGUUCUAUGCUCGGAUGGUCUUCGCCAGUCGUCUACAAAAUUGUUCAGCCUAACAGCACCGAUUACAACUUCCCAGUCACCGAAGCACAAGGCGAUUGGGUCUCAUCGCUCAUCAACCUCGGAGCUGCUGCAGUUUGUUUCCCCAUCGGUCUAAUUAUGGACGCUAUAGGCCGAAAGAAAACUAUGUUGUUUCUCGUGGUGCCUUUCACGUUAGGCUGGCUCCUGAUUACCUUCGCAACGAACGUCGGCAUGCUAAUGGUCGGCAGGUUUAUAACGGGCGUCGCCGGAGGAGCCUUCUGCGUCACAGCACCAGCCUACACCAGCGAGAUAGCCCAAGACUCGAUACGAGGCACCUUAGGCAGCUAUUUCCAACUGAUGAUUACGAUUGGUAUUCUAUUCGCUUACGCUGUCGGAAGUUACACUUCGGUGCUCGCGUUCAACAUUCUAUGUACAAUAAUACCUAUUAUAUUUGGUAUUAUAUUCUUCUUUAUGCCGGAAAGUCCGAACUACUUGGUUGUAAAGGGACAAAACGACGCAGCCAGGGAAGCACUGAUCAAGUUACGAGGAAGUGGAUACGAUGUCGACACUGAAUUGAAUGGGUUGAAACUGAAAGCCGAAGAAUCGCGAAACAACCAGGUCUCCUUCAGGUCCGCUAUCACAAAGAAGUCUGCUCUAAAAGCAAUCUUUAUUUGCUAUGCUCUAAUGUUGUUCCAACAACUGUCGGGUAUUAAUGCAGUCAUCUUUAAUUCUUCGGCGAUCUUCGCGUCGGCCGGCGCAUCUAUAUCAAGCGCAAUAUCUUCAAUAAUCAUAGGUGUCAUACAAGUAGUGGCCACGUUCAUUUCUAGCUUGGUCGUCGAUAAACUGGGCAGGCGGAUUCUGCUUCUGUUGUCUGCCUUAGUUAUGUGCUUAUGCUCGACUGCUUUGGGCGUCUUCUUCUUCCUACAAGACCAACACGGUGCGGAUUCUUCGAUCGUUCAAUCGAUGUCGUGGUUGCCGCUUCUGUCUCUGUCGCUGUUCAUCAUCGCGUUUUCACUCGGCUUCGGGCCCAUACCCUGGAUGAUGGCGGGAGAUCUGUGCAUGAUAGAUAUAAAGGCGUUCGUCGGCUCCACUGCUGGUACUCUGAACUGGCUCCUCAGUUUCACGGUAACGAGCACAUUUAACUCAUUGAACUUCGCUAUCGGUUCAGGUCAAGUGUUCUGGCUCUUCGCGGGCAUUAUGGUGAUUGGAUUUAUUUUCAUAUUCUUCAUAGUCCCAGAGACAAAGGGAAAGAGCAUAGCCGAGAUCCAAUUAAUGCUAGGAGAAGAGCCCCAACAAAGAAAUGUCGAGAUCAAUAAGAAAUAAACAAUGACAACAGACUGACGAAUUUACAUAGUAUUUUUGUACUAAGACUUACCUGUGUCGAUUAGAUUCUUUGGUGUCAUAAACGUAUGCACGUCGUAAGCAAUAUAUCGAUUGAUUUGUACAAAUACCAAAGAAUUUUCGAUAUACGUUAUUACUAAGAGAAACUUGUGACGUUGUAGGGUUAAAUGUAUUUAUUUAAUAAUAAUAUAAUCGUUGUUAAUUUAUUGGUGUCAGAGUGACCAGGAAGUGCAGGCAGCUCAUUUUGGAAUUAAGUUCUAAGUUUAAAAGUUAAAGCUUUAUUUAAAAUUCGAAUUUUAAUUGUCAAUGGUAUUAUUGAAGUAAGAAAUUCAUAUCAUCAGACUAUUUUAUAAUUAUUAAAACUAUAUGACAUUAGUGUCGGUCCAAUUCUAAAAUGUCAUUAUCCGAAAUUAACCCAUAAAAUUUGUGAAUACGAUGAUGACAUUGUAGGAUUGAACUAAAUGUGUAUAUUGUUUUAGUGUGAAAGAUUGCCGGUACCGAGAGGGAGCUUGACUGACCUAUCAUGUUCAGGUAGAUUUUUUACUCUAAGAGUCAAGUUAUCCCAGGAAUGCAUUAUAAAAGUGAACGCAGUGAGAGAUUUAUUUUAAGAAUAAAGUCCUUUAGCUCUUGACACUUUCUAUCUACUCCGUAAAGGAGCUAGCGUGACGAUAAUUCUAGUGUUCUUCUCUAAAAUGCCAUAAAUUUUUUAUAUACAAUUGGGAAUUGAAAUUGUAAUUUUUAUAUUUUUAACAGCUGAUCAUAUGGCAUAUAUGUGAAGAU